AUGGAUUGCGCGUCGACGCUGUACUCCCAUCGCAACAACGGACUGAUGACCAGGUCGCUGGAGAAACUGCUGGAGGAGGCUCACCUGUGCGGCGAGUUGAAACUAGGCGGCCGCAAACUAAAGGAAUUCCCGGUGACGAAUAAAUACGAUUUGUCCGACACGACCAUCGCGGAUCUCUCUAAGAAUUGCUUCACACACUUUCCAGCCGAAGUAAUCAAAUUCUGGUCAUUAGAAUCUCUAAACCUGUAUCAUAAUGCUAUACGAUCGAUACCCAAUACAGUCACAUCACUUCAAUCAUUGGUGCAUCUUGAUCUCAGUCGGAACCGUUUAACAUGUCUACCAUCAGCUAUGUGUCAGUUACCUCUUGAAAUCCUAUUAUUGUCCAAUAACAAACUUAAACAGUUACCCACCGAAAUUGGAUUCUGCAAAACUCUUAUCGAGUUAGACGUAAGCUGUAAUGUGCUUAUUAAUUUACCACCACAGUUGGGGCAACUAUCCUCAUUAAAAUGUUUAAACGCACAAAAUAAUCUACUUAUUGAGUUACCAUUAGAAUUAACAUAUAUAAAAUUAGCAAGAUUGAAUGUCAGUUUGAACCGAAUAUCAUCUUUACCUGUUGAACUGCGAUUAAUGUCAAGUCUGGAAUGUUUGGAUGUAGCCAAUAACCCAUUGGUGUCUCCUCCAACUGCUGUUUGUAUAAAGGGUCGUAUUCAUAUAUUUAAAUGGUUGGAAUUGAAAAGCAUUAAAGAAGGCCGAAAUCGAGGAUCAUCGUGGAAGUUCAACUCUCUUAAGAGCAAUAAUCACAGUUUAGACAGUAACAUGGACAGUUUGACAUUAUCUGAAACAACUAGUCUCGUACAUUCUUCAGAUGAAGGUGCAAAUGGAAGCAUGGAAUAUUUGAACAAACCUGAUAGAAAGCAUAGGGAAACAAACAGAUACAAUAACAAUGCAAGCCCUGAAAUUGUACAUGUCAGUAAAAGCAACGGUAAUAUGUCAACAAAUGCAAAUAAAAUAUACUCUAGCAAUAAUAAUGGUAUCAAGGUAAAUGAUAAGCCAACACAUCACACACAAAGCUAUAGAGAAUACAAAGAGUUCCUUAAACAACAACGUGCCCAAGAAUCUAUUUAUAAAGGAAAAGUUCAAAAUUCAGACAAUAAUUAUGAUCAAAAGGAUAUCCGUCCAUACACAAAACCAAGUACACCUGAAAUUGUAUCAACUCCAGUCAAUAAUUUAUCAUUACCAAUGUCAUCAAAUCCUAGUAGUCCAAAUGUUUGGUCCAAGAAUAACACACAAAUCACUAAAAAUAAACUUCAGUUUACAAUGAAACGGGAGUACGAUAAAGCAAGAGAAGAGGCAGAACUUGUGAAACAACUACGUGAUACCAUUGAAUCACGCUUAAAAAUGUCUCUACCAAGUGAACUGUCACCGGCACUUAAUGAUGGAGUUGUGCUUUGUUACUUAGCAAACCACGUUAAACCUAGAUCUGUAGCUAGCAUUCACGUACCUUCACCAGCUGUGCCCAAACUUACCAUGGCUCGUUGUAGACGAAACGUUGAUAAUUUUUUGGAAGCCUGCCGUAAAAUUGGUGUGAAUGAAAAACUGAUUUGUUGUGCUGUGGAUAUUCUGGAGGGAAAAGGAAUUGUUCAAGUUGCCAUAACCGUAGCUGAACUUUUGAAAUUCCAUACAACGAAAACGCAACCUCAAACCGUACACGUGCCAUCACUUUUAAAUGUAUAA